AAACAACAUCCCAUCUGAGCACAUCAUGGACUCCCAGAUAACUCUCGUUGACAGCGAUCCUGAUUCCGAACUCGCUCCUCCAGAUCCGGCAUUCGGUGCAACGACGAUACUGGACUUUGAUAGCAAUGCGAGGAGAUUGACGAAUGCCACGGUGCGGGGAGAGAGUCACACACGAUACUCUGUUGGAACCGUCAGGGCUGGUCUGGCAGGGAUGAGCCGCAAGACCAUUUUCAGCCAGGGAGAGAGGAUACUGGCAACGGUGCAGCGCAGGAAUAUCAUCCCGGACGUGUUGACGCUGGGCGGUGAAACUAUGAGGCUUGGCGGCUGGCUGAAGACGCCUAUAUUCUCAUCGUUUCCUGCGUCGUUCCGCGAGGGGAGAGAGACGUACCGCUGGAAGAAAGGCCGGGACGGCAGAAUCGAUCUGUACAAGGGAAGCGGUGCUGAUACUAGUACAAUCGCUCGUUUCUAUCCCCCCGAUUUCGCUGUGACGCGCGAUCGGAGAAGGAUAACGUAUCGCGCUCACUUGGACCUACGAGCCGAAGCUGAUCUCAUACGCGAAAAGGUGUUCAUAUCAUGUGCGCUGAUUGUGCAGAAGAGGAAGAAUGCGAAGGUGAAGGAGCAGGACUUAGGUGUCGGUUAAUAGUGAUGAGCUUGGAUUGAUUUUUUUCUACGCGAUUGCUCCGGUCCUUGGGUUUUGACUAGACGAAACCUGUCCGAAGCGCUACCAUUUAUUUAUUACCUGUUCAUAUGCAAAACUUCUGCGGCAGUCCAACUUCAGUCUUAAAAUAAAUGUAACCUACUA